UAUAUAACCACCGUGAGCUAGCUGGGCACUGCAACUUUGAUCACCACGCGCACACCCACGCCACGCCACCACACGCACACGCUCUGUCUUGGCCGCCACAGAGUGUCUCUGUCUCUGUCUCCCGCCCGGCCCGCGCGAUGCCAGCCUCCUCCUGGUUCCACAAGCUCAGGGGGAGGAGCACAAGGAAGGGCAGGCGAUCGGCCGCGUGUCCGCCGAGUCCGACCCGUGGCUCCUCCGCCGACGCAAUCGCAUUCGUCGCCGCCUCGGCGGAGUGGACGGACCAACAGACAAGCCAGCAGGGCCGGCCACCCGCGCGCCCACCGGCGGCGUGCGCCGGCUACUCUCCCAACAGAGCCUCCUACUACUUUCCGAGCGCGGACCGGGGAGCGCUCCGGUGCAUUGCCCCGCGCGCCGCCGCCGACGACGACGGCGCGGCCUUGGACGUCCGUGUCGACGUCAUCCAUCGCCGCGCCGGCAGACUCGGCGGGAUAGACGCGCCUCCAGCGACGCCGGAGCUCAACCUUCGGCGCAUCGUCACCAGGCCCGCCGCCAAGAACGACCCCGCGGAAAGCGUCGCCGUUAGCAGCAGCACCGGCACCCCCACCUCGGCCGCCACGACGCCGUCCACCUGCAGGGCGCGGGGGUUCCACGUGAAGCCGGCCGGCAGGCGGCGGCGGCGCGGCCACGACGACAAAAGUGCCCGGAAGGAAAAAGCAGCCGAGGACGCGGGCAGCAGGAGACGGCGGUGGCUGUACGAGAGCCUGGUGGUGGUGAAGACGUCGUCGGACCCGGAGAGGGAGAUGGCGGAGAGCAUGGCGGAGAUGGUGGCGGCCAACCGCAUACGGUCAUCGGAGGACCUCGAGGAGCUGCUGGCGUGCUACCUCGCUCUCAACGCGGCCGAGCACCACCGCGCCGUCGUUGCCGCGUUCCGCCGCGUCUGGCUUCACAUCGCCGGCCAAAGAAUACGCCGCUAGUACGAGGCCUCCUAAACACCUCUGAAUUCUCUAGGAAUCACAUCACAAUGCACUUUGGUGUCGCAUGCAUGGAUGAGGAUGCAUCAUGCAUGCAUAGCGUGUGUGUGUGUGUGUGUGUGUGUGUGUGUGAUCAUAAUCAUAGCAUUGACCAAUUGAUCGGCUCAUGGUCAUGAUCCAAGUAUAUUCUUGUUGCGUUUUAGUCUUGAUGAAAAGGCUAGUAUAGCUUGCAUUCUGUCAAGUUGACACAAGUUUCUUUCUUUUGCGUUUCCCGAACUUUCAUCGGUUGGUAACCG